CCCCUCUAAAACAGUUGCUAACUUGCUAUGUUCCUAUCACCGCCACCGCGCUGUCUCCACCUCUCCAUCCUCGCUUCUGCUUCUUCUUUGAUUUCAGGUUAUUUGUAGGUUCUUGGUUGCUGUAUAUCUUUUGAUUCUUUUCUUUGAUUACGCUUGUUUUCAUGAAUUUCAUCACUUUGUUCUGAUCUGAAUGAUUUAACCCUUGUUAUCUGAGACGCUGAUUUUAGGGUUUGAGUUUGAUGCUUGAAUUUUGGGGUUUACAGAGUUAUUCGUAGUUGAACUUGUUUAUUUUGCUGGAAAGUUUGGAUCUUGAUUUACCUUUGGCGGUGUAUUCUAAUGUUGUAUGUUUUGGGGCCUUGUUUUGACUCAGUAUUGGUUGCGCUCCUGAAUUUUUUAGGGCUUUGAUUUGAGUGCUCGGAGAAGUACUGGACUUGGGAUUCAACUGGAAGACUUUUGAUUUCUAGUCUGGUUUGAGGUUUAGGUUUUCUCUUUUUUGUGUUUUUCGGUUGUAUAUUAGUGUUCUUCGGAGUUACUGAUGAGAGAGUUCAAUUGAAAGCUGCCAACUUUGGUGCCAAGUAGGGUUUGAAUCUUGUGAUUAGGGACUUAACAAGAACUUCUGGGCAUGGAUUAUAAUAGCAAUGCUAUAGAGAUAAUUCCAGAACCAACGGUCCCUGGUGGUGCAAAUUCGUGGACAUCCAACCUUAAUGACCAGGCGCUUUGGGCCACUGAAGAUGAUUAUCGUUCUUGGAAUGGAGAAACCUCAGUGGAUUCCAUGUCCAACUCUGUGCAGGAUUCCCGCCAAGGCCCUUCCAGGGCAGGUGGUGAGCAGACUCCCACCAAGAAAGCUCGGAAUGAUUCUCAAGGAAAUGGAUCCAACAGUAAGUCUAAAGCCAUUGGUAAAAUGUUCUUCAAGACCAAAUUAUGCUGCAAGUUUCGUGCUGGGACUUGUCCAUACAUCACAAACUGUAAUUUUGCGCAUGGGAUUGAGGAGCUACGGAAACCACCUCCCAAUUGGCAGGAGAUUGUGGCAGCUCAUGAUGAAGCUUCGGAGCCCAGGGAGGAGCAUCAGAUACCGAUAAUCACUUCUUCCAAUGUUAGUGGGGAUACACAGAGGUCAUAUAAAGGGAGGCAUUGCAAGAAGUUCUAUACUGAGGAAGGAUGUCCUUAUGGUGAUGCAUGUACCUUUUUGCAUGAUGAACAGUCUAGAUCUCGGGAGAGCGUGGCGAUAAGCCUUGGUCCAAGCAUGGGGAGUAGUGGUAAUUAUGCGGCUGUAGCCAAUCCAACUGCUCAGAAGCCGUCAAAUUGGAAGACCAGGAUAUGUAAUAAGUGGGAGAUGACAGGGAACUGCCCGUUUGGUAGCAAGUGCCACUUUGCUCAUGGCGCGGCAGAGCUUCACAAAUAUGGUGGUGGCCUUGUAGAGAUUGAAGGCGGAAGUGCUCCUUCAGCAGCUCAGGAAUCCAAGCACGCUGGAGUACCAUUAAAGGCCCCAACAGACACUGUUGUUGCAGCUAACACUUCAGUACCACACGCCGAAGUCUAUCAUCAUAUCGGGACUCCUGCGCAAAGGUCAGUUGGUAUUCCGCAGAGGCAGGGGCAGAGACAAUUUCAGAAAUGGAAAGGCCCAGACAAGAUUAGUAGAAUUUAUGGUGAUUGGAUUGAUGAAAUUGAGUAGAACUCCAUGCGUCGACAUGGCACAAUAACCACAGUCAAGAAUCAAAAGAUGUUGUAUUUGCAAAAGUUUAUGAUCACUCAAACAAUUCAUUGUGUCCACACGUGUGAGAAGCUGAGUUUUUCUGUUUGAAGUUUACAGGUUGAUGAUGAAAUGUUUGGGUGAUCGAUUUUGAUUUUGAUGUCUACUUCUCAGCAAAUGUUAUUGUAUCAAAUGCUUAUUGUGUGUGUGUAU